AUGAAUCAUCUCGGUCUCAAAGACUCGGCAGCGCCACCAGCAAGUGUAGCUGUCAAUACCACAUCGUUAGUAUCCGGCAUGUUUUCGCCACCACCGCCGCCACCUCCGUUGCAACUGCCACCGCAGAUGUUCACAACGGCUUCUCAGCUUCUUGAUUUAACUGACAAAAAGCUUAUGCUCGCUCUACGCGACGGUCGCAAACUGAUAGGCACGCUGCGUAGUUGGGACCAGUUCGCGAACCUCAUCUUGCAAUCCACUGUCGAGCGUAUCUUCGUGCCGCCCUCAGGCUCGGCGCCGGGACUCUUUGCCGAUAUUCCGCGCGGCCUCUUCCUCGUGCGCGGUGAAAAUGUUCUACUCCUCGGUGAAAUUGACCUCGACAAGGACGACGAUGUGCCAACUUUCUACGAGCGCGCCGACCCUGAGCUCGUGCUCCAACGUGCUCGUGCUUGCAAACUCGCUGAUGCAGCUAAAGAUCAGCGACGACUUGCCAAACUUAAGAAACUUGGAUUCGGCGGAGAAAAUGCGGAGGAGCUGCUCGUUUAG